AUGAAUUUGAUGUUUUUGUUGGUGGGACCCAUCAUUCCGAUGGAGGCAGGCAGUGACAGUGAUACAGCUCUCUCGAUUGUCUCCUUGGGCCUUGCCAUUGAGAUAGCCCUUGCAGUUUAUGGUGCAUGCGAAGGCAUGGUUUCCUCGGGAGCAGCAUCGAUUCUAUGCAGUCAGAAUAGAUCCAUACUCGGGCCCACAUACUUUAUCAUGAUAAUGAUAUCAACAAUAUUUUUCAGCAGCUUCCUUGUUGCCUUAAUCAUCGCGACCAACAUCGAUGAAAAGCUAGACAUGGGAAAGAGCAUUUCAUACUUCUCGGCAUGUAUGAUGGUAGGGAUGACGGCAGCCAUAUCCGGGAAGGUCUGCUCGGCCCUUGGAAAACGAGGAUUCAGAAUUCUAUCGGAAAAGCCUUCUUUUCUGCCGAUCCUGAUCAUUCUGUUCGGCAUGAUAGAGUUUGUUAUAAUUGUUGUUCUCUCAUGUGCCUUGUUGAUGGUCUACCAGACUCGUGGAUAG